AUGCAUCUCCUUACGCUUCACGAAUAUCCUUGCCUCUGUUUCUACGCGGUGCUUCUUGUUGGAAGCUUGAUAAUCUUGAUUCGGCGCUACCGUAAUAUAGAAUCAACGGCUAAUAUUCCCCCAGGUAGUCAAGGGUUACCGUUGAUCGGAGAGACCAUGCAAUUCAUGGCAGCUAUUAACAGUGGCAAAGGCUUCUAUGACUUUGUUCGAGUUCGUCGUAUUAGGUAUGGGAAUUGUUUUAAGACGAACAUAUUUGGGAAGACUAAUGUAUUUGUUUCAAGCACUGAGUCAGCAAAGGUGAUCCUAAACAAUGACUUGGGGAAAUUCACAAAGGGAUACAUAAGGUCAAUUGCUGAACUUGUGGGGGAUCAAAGCCUGCUAUGUGCUUCUCCCCAACAGCAUAAAUUGAUUCGUAGUCGUUUGACUAACUUGUUCUCGUCAAGUUCUAUAUCUUUGCUUAUCAAACAGUUUGAUGAACUGAUCAUGGGAACUCUUCAAGCUUGGGAACAUAGAGGCACAGUGGUGGUUCUGAAUGAAGUUCUAAAGAUAACUUUUGGAGCAAUGUGCAAAAUGUUGAUGAAAAUAGAGAGUGGAGAAGAACUAGAGACGCUGGAGAAGGAUGUAGCAUACGUUUAUGAAGCGAUGCUAGCAUUCCCUCUUAAGUUACCCUGGACCAGAUUCUACAAAGGCCUUGAGGCGCGAAAAAGAAUUAUGAGGACAUUGGAGAAAAUGAUUACUCUAAGGAGAAGAGGCUUAGAAGCCAAUCAUGAAGAUUUUCUGCAGUACCUUUUGACAGAGGAUGAUGAAACCCUGAGACUAACAGAUGCAGAGAUACAAGAUAACAUUUUGACCAUGAUAAUUGCAGGUCAAGAUACGACAGCAAGUGCAAUCACAUGGAUGGUCAAGUACCUGGGUGAAGACCAGAAGGUCUUAAACACACUUAAGGCUGAACAACUUCACCUUGUAGAAAAAAGAUCAUCAAAGUCAUUUCUUACUCUGGAAGAUCUUAACCAGAUGCCAUAUGCUUCUAAGGUAGUUAAGGAAUCCUUAAGAAUGGCAGCUAUAGUACCAUGGUUUCCGAGACAAGCACUCCAGGAUUGUGAGAUAGAAGGAUAUAAGAUAAGGAAAGGGUGGACUGUUAAUGUUGAUGCUAGAUCAAUACACCUUGAUCCUAUUAACUACAAUGAUCCCAACGAGUUCAAUCCUUCAAGGUUUGAUGAUGAGUCAAAACCAUACAGUUUCUUAGCUUUUGGAAUGGGAGGGAGGACAUGCCUGGGAAUGAACAUGGCUAAGGCCAUGAUGCUAGUCUUCCUUCACCGGCUUAUCACCACUUACAAGUGGGAGGUGAUUGAUUCUGAUUCAAGUAUUGAGAAGUGGACACUUUUUUCAAGAUUAAAGAGCGGCUGUCCAAUACAGGUGACACGUAUUACGACAAAUUAAGCGACUUUAUAACUAUAAACAAAAUUCCGUGGCACCUUUCAUAUAUACGGAAUUCAAAAGAAUUUUGUUGGUUUAAGCCACUCAAAAGGGAUGAUUGACAAUUAAGGAUUUUCAGUGCAUAGAUUAUUGGGUAGUUAAGGCUGGGAUUAGGCAGGGUUUUACCUAAUUCUUACCAGUCAUUGUAUUGAGUUUGGUCUGGAACUGUGACAUGUAUAAAUGGUAAAGGCCAAGGUCAAAAGUAGUCGGGUAGUUUUAAUUUAGAAUUAUAAGGUAUUUGGUUUGGCUCUACCCGAUAUUAAAUUUAUCAUUGCAAGUAUAAGACAAUAGUACUAAUUAAGAGAAUGUAAAAACAUUAUUAUUAUUAAUCUUU